AUGCUUUGGCAGUAUCAAACCGUCCUGCGCCAGCUGAAAAUGAACAGAAUUCUGUUGGACCUCAUGGAAGUCGAGGCCGAUGGAGCCAGCACAGAGGCAAAGCUUUCUAAAGAAAGUGAAGAUCUGAGCCGAGGGUUUGUUAGUGGCCAACAUCAACACCACGCACAUACUGAAGGUCUGAUAGAUUUUGAAUUCUGUGGAAUUACACGUGACGAAGAUUUUGAGUUUCAAAGAAUAUUACGGGGUCCUACCGAAUUGUUGAAGGGUCUAUAA